CCACCAGCAGUGGUUUAUUAGCCUGCUAGCUGCGGUCCCGUCCCCGGAGACAAAUCUGGCGGCCCUUCGGCUAGAGGCGGAGGAGAAGGAGCUGGGUACCAUGGCCUGGGUGCUGAAGAUGGACGAUGCCACCAUCGAGUCAGGGCUGGUACACGACUUUGAUGCCAGUCUGUCGGGCAUCGGGCAGGAGCUGGGGGCUGGCGCAUACAGUAUGAGUGAUGUGCUGGCCCUGCCCAUCUUUAAACAGGAAGACUCCAGUCUUCCUUCAGACAGUGAGAGCAGCAGUCUGAACCCUCCCUUCCAGUAUGUUCUCUGUGCUGCCACCUCCCCUGCUGUCAAACUACACGACGAGACGCUCACCUACCUAAACCAAGGCCAGUCUUAUGAGAUCCGUAUGCUGGACAACAGGAAGCUGGAGUUAUCAGAGAUAAACAACAGGAGUGUGAAGAGCAUCGUUAGGGUGGUGUUCCAUGACAGGAGACUCCAGUACACAGAGCAUCGGCAGCUGGAGGGGUGGAAGUGGAAUCGCCCUGGAGACCGUCUCCUAGACAUCGACAUCCCCUUGUCAGUGGGUAUCAUGGAGCCCAAGGCCAACCCCUCCCAGCUCAACGCUGCCGAGUUCCUCUGGGACCUCAGCAGGAGAGCCUCUGUGUUUGUGCAGGUUCACUGCAUCAGUACAGAGUUCACCCCUAGGAAGCAUGGAGGAGAGAAGGGAGUUCCCUUCAGGAUUCAGGUGGACACUUUCAGACAGGGAGACGACGGAGAGUACACUGAACACCUCCACUCUGCUUCCUGUCAAAUCAAAGUCUUCAAGCCAAAGGGGGCAGACAGGAAACAGAAGACGGACAGAGAGAAGAUGGAGAAACGAACGUCUCAAGAGAAGGAGAAGUACCAAUCCUCCUACAACACCACCAUCCUAUCAGAGAUGAGGCUGGAGCCCAUCAUAGAGGAAGCGGGAGACAAUGAGCUGAAGAAGUCCAGCAAGAGGACGCUGCCGGCUGACUGUGGGGAUUCGCUGGCCAAGAGAGGCAGUUGUUCUCCGUGGCCUGAUGCUUACGUCGGCUCUCCCCGGACGGCUGGUCCCUCCUUCACCUCCACACCCCUCUCCACGUACACUGCCUCCUCCGUACCCGACAGUGGCUCAUCGUCACCCAAUCACCAGGCAGACCCUGUCAGCCAAGUCGUCACAGAGCAACUCAGUCCUACAGCCACCAUCCCGGAGACUCAGAAGUGGCUUGUCAAAAACCGCUUCAACAGCUACGCGCGGCUCUUCUCCCACUUCUCAGGUUUUGACUUACUAAAGUUGACCCGGGAUGACCUGGUUCAGAUCUGUGGAGCUGCUGAUGGAAUCAGACUCUUCUACACACUCAGAUCCAGGUCGGUGUGUCCCAGGUUGACCCUCUAUGUGUGUCAGGAGUGUGAGGUAGAGAGCCCCCUGCUGGAGAGACGCAGUGACAGCCAGAACAGAGAGCGCAGUGACACACCUCAUUUAUACGUGUACCAUGCUCUGUACCUGGAGGAGCUGACGGCUGCUGAGUUGAUCAGGAAGAUGGCGUGUGUGUGUAGUGUUCCACUGGGACAGAUCAACCAGGUCUACCGACAAGGACCCACAGGAAUACACAUACUGCUGAGUGACCAGAUGGUUUACAACUUACCGGACGAGAGCUGCUUUCUGAUCGGCACAAUCAAAGAUGAAACGGGGGAGGGCCUCCACCAAAUGGGGGAGGGGCUUCACCUGGUUUUGAAGUAGCCAUAGAGGAUGAGAGUGCGAUGACAUCACUCAACACUCCUCCGUCUGUGUGGAGGGGAGCAGCCUUCAUCCCUCCUUCCAUCCCUCCCUCUCCUAUCGUUCAGAUUGCCGUGUUUAAGGCAGACGGACAGAGAAACUGAACUGCGACCUUGUUAAUGUUAGAAUCUGACAGGGUGUGACCACUGUUUCAUAUUGAAAACACUAUUACUGAGGGGGGGACUUUGUUUAUUCUUAAAUGUUUAUUUUGUUGUACGAGAGGAGGGAGGCUGCCCCCCCCCACACAGAGAGAGAGUCAUAUAGAGGAGGGAGGAGGCUGCCCCCCCCCACCACAGAGUCAUAUAGAGGAGGGAAGCUGCCCCCACAGAGAAAGUCAUAUACAGGAGGAGAGGAGGCUGCCCCCCCACCCCACACAGAGAGUCAUAUACAGGAGGAGAGGAGGCUGCCCCCCCCACCCCACACAGAAAGAGUCAUAUACAGGAGGAGAGGAGGCUGCCCACCCCACACAGAAAGAGUCAUAUAGAGGAGGGAAGCUGCCCCUCAGAGAGAGUCAUAUAGAGGAGGAGAGGGAGGUUGCCCCCCCCACACAGAGAGAGAGUCAUAUAGAGGAGGAGAGGGAGGCUGCCCCCCCACACAGAGAGAGAGUCAUAUAGAGGAGGAGAGGGAGGUUGCCCCCCCACACAGAGAGAGAGUCAUAUAGAGGAGGAGAGGGAGGCUGCCCCCCCACACAGAGAGAGAGUCAUAUAGAGGAGGAGAGGGAGGCUGCCCCCCCACACAGAGAGAGAGUCAUAUAGAGGAGGAGAGGGAGGCUGCCCCCCCACACAGAGAGAGAGUCAUAUAGUGGAGGAGAGGGAGGCUGCCCCCCCACACAGAGAGAGAGUCAUACAGAGGAGGAGAGGGAGGCUGCCCCCCCACACAGAGAGAGAGUCAUAUAGAGGAGAGGGAGGCUGCCCCCCCACACAGAGAGAGAGUCAUAUAGUGGAGGAGAGGGAGGCUGCCCCCCCACACAGAGAGAGAGUCAUACAGAGGAGGAGAGGGAGGCUGCCCCCCCCCCCCCCCCCCCCCCCCCCCACACAGAGAGAGAGUCAUAUAGAGGAGAGGGAGGCUGCCCCCCCACACAGAGAGAGAGUCAUAUAGAGGAGGAGAGGGAGGCUGCCCCCCCACACAGAGAGAGAGUCAUAUAGAGGAGGAGAGGGAGGCUGCCGCCGCCCCCCCCCCCCCCCACACAGAGAGAGAGUCAUAUAGAGGAGGAGAGGGAGGCUGCCCCCCCACACAGAGAGUAUGGGCCACACAGGCAGCACUAUAGGCCUCAGACAUGGCCAGUCAUCAGUCAGUGCUGCUGGACCUCCCUGUGACUCGAACGUGCGGACAAAGGUUCAGGCAGACAGAACCCAGCCGCUAGGGUCUCAUUCGCUCUGACCUGAGACUCGACCACACACACUUUCACGGAAGCAGAGCUGGCGACUAACUAAACCAGAAAAGACUGUCUAGAAUGCGCCGGCCCCGGUCCUUCUGAUCUGUUCCCAGACAACUAGGGAGGACGAGAGUCCACUUAGCCAAUCAAGUAUUGAUUUUGUGGAUUGAUGGAGCUGUUACUCUGUAACAGAAUGUCAACAGGGCCAGUUCUGGUCCAUGUAUCAUAUGAAUCAGGUCUAAUACCAUAAUAUACCCCAGCCUAUUUCAGAGCAGGACCGGCCAUCUCCACUGAAGACCCUGCCUGCAUAGACGUGUCUAAGCAUCAUGGGUACUUCUUUCACUUCACUCAAGUCUCUUCAAUCUCAUUUUUUUACUGUCGCUUUUAUGGCUUUUAGUUUUGUCUUUUGACUGAGACAGUUUCUUUGUUUGGCUGUUGUGUAAGAUGAGAUGUCUCUGGUGCCAUACGUCAAACUGUUCGCUAGGCUCAGUUCGAUUUUUCACAGACACACGGACAGACAGACACACACUGACUGUAAUAGACUAUUGACAUGGAGAGGGGGUGAGGAGGAAGCAUCUCUAGACUAUUGACAUGGAGAGGGGGUGAGGAGGAAGCAUCUCUAGACUAUUGACAUGGAGAGGGGGUGAGGAGGAAGCAUCUCUAGACUAUUGACAUGGAGAGGGGGUGAGGAGGAAGCAUCUCUAGACUAUUGACAUGGAGAGGGGGUGAGGAGGAAGCAUCUCUAGACUAUUGAGAUACAGUCCCUAGUCGGUGCAAGGGGGCAGGGUGGCAUAAAUAAACUCACAGAAAUGGACCAAACUGGUUUGGGAUGAAGUUGACCUUAGAACACGGUUGUGUGUCUUGAAACCAGGGCUGAUCCAAGGCGGGGCCUUCCUUCACCCCUGACAGAAUGGGAUGGAAACCCUGUAUGUGUUGUCAGGUCUGUCCGCUGGUCUGUCCGCUGGCCUGUCCGCUGGCCUGUCCGCUGGCCUGUCCGCUGGUCUGUCCGCUGGUCUGUCCGCUGGUCUGUCCGCUGGUCUGUCCGCUGGUCUGUCCGCUGGUCUGUCCGCUGGCCGUCGUUGACUACUGGCAGUGGAAGUGUGCGUGUUUUUAUUGUUGCAGAAACUAACCUGGUUUGAGCAUGUCAGUAUUUAUCACUGCUUUUGAUCAUGUCAGUAUUUAUCACUGCUUUUGAUCAUGUCAGUAGUUAUUACUGCUUCUACACCUGCAUUACUAGCUGUUUGGGGUUUUAGGCUGGGUUUCUGUACAGCACUUCGAGAUAUUAGCUGAUGUACGAAGGGCUAUAUAAAAAUAAAAUUGAUUGAUUGAUUGAUAUUACUGCUUUUGAUCAUGUCAGUAGUUAUCACUGCUUUUGAUCAUGUCAGUAGUUAUCACUGCUUUUGAUCAUGUCAGUAGUUAUCACUGCUUUUGAUCAUGUCAGUAGUUAUCACUGCUUUUGAUCAUGUCAGUAGUUAUCACUGCUUUUGAUCAUGUCAGUAGUUAUCACUGCUUUUGAUCAUGUCAGUAGUUAUCACUGCUUUUGAUCAUGUCAGUAGUUAUCACUGCUUUUGAUCAUGUCAGUAGUUAUCACUGCUUUUGUUCAUGUCAGUAGUUAUCACUGCUUUUGAUCAUGUCAGUAGUUAUCACUGCUUUUGUUCUGUGGCUUUUGCCUUUUAGUCAAGAGCAUGAGGUUGGGAGGGGGAGGAAGGAAGAUAUUGUUAUUUUAUUUUGUCCGAAAAUAAAUGUAGCCCAGUCCUUUAAAAAUAAAACAUCCCAUAAAUAAAAGACCUAAUCUACUGAAAACCACAAAGUCCAAAUUGAUGUAGUUUUGGAACCACACCCUUCAUGACACCUGAGAGAAAUAAAGUGACUAUUAUUAAUGUUGACUUGAAAACGUGAACCUGUCAGCUACUUCAACAACACCAGGAAGUGAGGAGCACAGGGCCUAUUCAAGAGGGGUGCGUCCUUACAGAACGUUCAGGUAGAAAUGUAUGGUGUUGAACGGAUGUGAUUGGCUGUCUGAAUCCCUAUUCUAUUUCUAUAUGCAACGUCCAGAACAUUUCACAUCACUGAAUACACCCCCAUCUCUACAGACCCUGUGUCACAUCACUGAGAAUACACCCCCAUCUCUACAGACCCUGGGUCUCCUCCAUCUCUACAGACCCUGGGUCUCCUCCAUCUCUACAGACCCUGGGUCUCCUCCAUCUCUACAGACCCUGGGUCUCCUCCAUCUCUACAGACCCUGGGUCUCCUCCAUCUCUACAGACCCUGGGUCUCCUCCAUCUCUACAGACCCUGGGUCUCCUCCAUCUCUACAGACCCUGGGUCUCCUCCAUCUCUACAGACCCUGGGUCUCCUCCAUCUCUACAGACCCUGGGUCUCCUCCAUCUCUACAGACCCUGGGUCUCCUCCAUCUCUACAGACCCUGGGUCAAACACCAAUGUAAUGAAAAGUGACUUCUCUUCUUACCAUCAGUCGUCACCAUUUUCACUUUCCAUUGUUGCCAUACGGGGGGGCAUCUAUCUAGUCAUUUUCUCUUUUCAUUUUUCUUGUUUAUUCCUUGGUAUCUGAUUGGUUGGCACGAGUCCCAUGAAAAGGAGCUGUGGUACUCUGGGUGAAUGGUAAAAAGGUGGCGAGGUUAACACCAGAUGUGACGGUUCAAGCGCAUUGUGAAACUCAAUCAGGAGUCCUAUUGUUCUGAGAUGAAACUAACUCCUGCUUGUUUCUCUCCAUGAAAAAGGAGACGACUCACGAACCUGAGAAGAAUGGCGUGCUUGAGAGUUUGAAAUGUGAUUCCUCAGUUAGACAAUAAAAUGUGAAGGAAAGGGGCGUAGAAAGACUUGAUACUUGUCCUAGUUCUACCUGUCUCUGUGUGUCCCCUGUCUCUCUGUGUAGGUGAGGUCAUGAUCACUGUGUCUGUACAGCUGACAGUCAAACACGUCUGUGCUGAAAAUAAAGUUCCUUCAUAAAGA